AUGCUCUGGCAGUGCCCGACUAAGCACAUUGACCAGAUGGAAAGCCUACCUGCACAGUGCAAAAUUUUCAAUACCAGCUCUUUGAAUGCAGAAAUGCAUGAAAUUCUUGGACCAGUGUCCUAUAUAGAAGAUUCAACAGCUAAAGUUGCUGCACCUGAAAUACCUGUUGAAAUGCCCACUAUGGAAGGCAUGGGUAUCAUUCCAGAGUCUGCUUGUUACACUGAUGGGUCUGCUAGCAGGCUGUCUCCCACAUGGACAGCUGUGGAAGUGCAACCCAGUACUGACAUUAUGCGCAACUGUCUGUCUCAUAUCCUGAACACCAAAACGACCCAGAGGAGGAUAAUCAGAGAAGCUCUCAACACACAUGGGCUUGCCAGGAACCAUAUCAACGAUGGCAGCAUCACCAGAUUUCAGAAAUUUGGGGCCAUCUUCCAGCUUCUUACCAGAAUGAUGAUCAAUCUUCUCCUUCAGCUCAGCAAACUUGCAAGCAAUGUGAGCUGUGUGACAAUCCAGCACAGGUGCAUAGCCAGCACUGAUUUGGCCUGGAUGGUUCAGGAUAAUCACCUGAGCAGUGAAACCAGCUGCUUCCAUUGGUGGAUCAUUUUUGCUGUCACCAGCCACAUUGCCAUGAUGAACAUCUUUUACAGACACGUUCUUGACAUUGAAGCCCACAUUGUCCCCAGGAAGAGCUUCACUCAAAGCUUCAUGGUGCAUCUCAACAGACUUAACUUCAGUUGUAAUGUUGACUGGAGCAAAGGUGACCACCAUGCCUGGUUUGAGAACAUCAGUCUCCACUCGGCCUACAGGGACAGUACCAAUACCACCAAUUUUGUAGACAUCCUGAAGAGGCAGAUGCAAGGGUUUGUCAGUUGGACAAGUGGGUGGCAGGAUGCAAUCCAGAGCUUCAAGCAGCAUGGUUCCACUGGCAUUGCCAUCCUUACGGGUGACUUUCCAUCCCUUGAACCAAGGCAUGUUAGUACUUGGCUCCAGCAUGUUGUCACCAUUCCAACCAGAAAUUGGCACAAAUGCUACUGUGCUGGGGUUGUAGCCAAUCUUCUUAAUGUAGGUGCUGACUUCCUUAAUGAUUUCCUCGUAUCUCUUCUGGCUGUACGGUGGCUCAGUGGAAUCCAUUUUGUUAACACCAACAAUUAG